AUGAAACUUCAAGUUGGUACAGGUGAACCUGUCAAGGCUCUGAAGCAGCAGCUGCAACAGGUCUGUGGAGAACCCAGAUUUAAGCAGCGAUUGCUGUUGGAGGAUGGCCGACCUUUGGAUGACGCCGCAUCUCUCCAAGAGCCCAUGGAGCUGCAGUUGGUAGUCUUGUGCGGCUUCUCUGGCACGUCCCAGGCUCAGGUAAAUGAGCUCGUCGAGGAGGCUCAUCAAAAUCGUAUUCUUGAAGUAGAGCAGCUUCUACAUAGGCCGCAAGAUCCUGACCUUGCUACAGUUACUGGCUGGACUCCUCUCCUCACUUCUUCGGUUCAAGGGCAUUUGGAAGUCGCGCGACUUCUGCUGGAGGCCCGGGCAGCUGUGGACAAGAGCCUGCCAAACGGUGCAAGCCCGCUGCUGGCUGCAUCUGAGAAUGGUCAUGUGGCAAUGGCGCAACUUCUUUUAACAUCUUGUUCGAAGAUCGACGGAGCAAUGCGCAACGGUGAGACUCCACUGUACAUGGCAUCCCAGAACGGACACCUGGAAGUUGCACGCCUGCUGUUGUGUUCCAGGGCAGACAUAUCCAGGACUCGCAUGGAUGGGUCGACGCCUCUGCAAGCGGCAACCGAAUCGGCCCGUAUUGGUAUUGCGCGCUUAUUGCUGGAUUCCCGGGCCGACAUCGACUUGGCAGAUGUGAUUGGGUGCACUCCUCUGAUCAAGGCAGUGAUUGAAGGUCAUGCCGACGUUGCAGAGUUCUUGCUCGCGGCCCGGGCGGCCGUGGACAAGAGCCUUCCAAACGGCGCCAGCCCUCUGCUCGCGGCAUCUGAGAGCGGCCAUGUGGCAAUUGCUCGGGAGCUGCUGCAGCUUUGUGCUGACGUUGACAAGGCUCUUCUGACUGGUGAGACCCCCUUGUUUAUGGCAUCGCAGAAUGGACAUGUGGAAGUUGCGCACCUGCUGCUGGAGGUGAAGGCAGACUUUAGCAUAUCUCGCACAGAUGGUAUCACACCUCUGCGGGUCGCGAGGCAACGUGGUCACUUGGACAUAGUGGCGCUGUUGGAGUCCUCUUCCAAAAAUGCGUUGCUGUCACCAAGGUGA